AGCAACGCGGGGAACCUCGCCAUUACACUUUAACCAGUGUGUAAAGAAGGCGCUUAGGCAACCGGCCCUCGGGGCCCUUGGCUUCAGAGACUUGUUUUCCUGCACGCCGCUGUGGGGAUGAAGUUGCACAGUUUGGGGGUCCUCGUCGUCACUGUCGUUGUCUUCUGCGAGCGGCAUGUCUUCGCAUUUCAGAGCGGCCAGAUCUUAUCUGCUCUUCCCCAAACCUCUGCGCAAGUUCAAAUCCUGCAGAAUCUGACUACAACAUACGAGGUAGUUCUCUGGAAGCCAGUGACGGCUGAGUUCAUCACGAAGGACAGAGAAGUCCACUUGUUUGUGAAUGCAUCUGAUAUGACCGACGUGAAAGCCCAUUUGCAAGACAGCAGGAUUCAGUUCAGGGUCUUGAUGGAAGACGUGGAAGAGCUAAUCCGGCAGCAGACUUCCAACGACACCGACACCGCCAGGCCCCGGGCGCCGUACUCGUACUACGAAAACUACCACUCCCUCAGUGAAAUCUACUCCUGGAUGGACUUCAUAACCCAGCAGUACCCUGACGUGGUUGAAAAGCUCCACAUCGGCUCCUCCUAUGAGAAGCGCCCACUUUACGUGUUAAAGAUCUCUCGAAAGCAGCGAGCACCCAAAAUUGCUAUGUGGAUCGACUGCGGCAUCCACGCCAGAGAGUGGAUCUCUCCUGCUUUCUGCCUGUGGUUCACAGCCCACGUGACUCAGUUCUACGGGAGAGAGCACCAGCACACCAAUAUUCUGAGACACAUGAGUUUCUAUGUUAUGCCGGUAGUUAACGUGGACGGUUACGACUACACGUGGAAAAAGGAUCGAAUGUGGAGAAAGAACCGUUCUGCCCACGGAAACAGCGUGUGCAUCGGAACAGACCUGAACAGGAACUUCGCUUCCAGACACUGGUGUGAGAGAGGCGCGUCGAACUUCUCGUGCUCAGAAGUCUACUGCGGGCCCUACCCCGAGUCGGAGCCCGAAGUGAGGGCAGUGGCCAGCUUCUUGAGAAGAAACAUCAACCACAUCAAAGCGUACAUUGCGAUGCAUUCCUACUCCCAGAUGAUAGUGUUCCCAUAUUCCUACAACAGAAGCAAAAGCAAAGACCACGAGGAACUGUCCCUGGUGGCCAGCGAGGCGGUCCAGGCCAUCAAGAGCGUCGGCAAAGGUACCAGGUACACGUACGGCAGCGGCUCGGAAACUCUGUACUUGGCUCCCGGAGGUCCGGAUGACUGGGUCUAUGACUUGGGCAUCAAAUAUUCCUUUACAAUCGAACUUCGAGACACAGGUGAACAUGGAUUCUUGCUGCCCAAGCGGCUGAUCGAGCCCACCUGCAAAGAGGCUCUUGCUGCCGUCUCUAAAAUAGCUUGGCAUGUCAUCAGGAACGUUUAAUGCUCUUGAUGUCUUCACCCUGCUCCCACACUUUAACUUACUGGUUCCAACAAGACCGUCUCGCGGUACCAGUUUUUUUUUAAGCUUCAUCGGUAGUUUUGAUGAAAGGUUUUCCUAUUCCUUGGUUUUGUCAAAGCACAAAAUAAAGGUAAUAAACAAACUCGCAUUUCCCCCCUUUUUUAAAGAAGCUAGGUGAAGAUUUUUUCUUUCGCCUUGGAUGCAGACGUCGGACCAGCCAUCCCAAUUUUAAUGGUGUAUCGCAAAUUAUUGGACACUAUGCAAAAAGGUUGUGAAAAGUACAUUAAAGAUUUCUCCUCCAAAUUUUCAA